AAAUAGGUAUUUUGGUUAGUCCUGCUCUCCCCAAAACCUCGUAUACUCACUCCGCCGCAGAAGCAUCAGCUAGAGCAAAAACAGAAGAAGAAGAAGAAGAUGGAGGCAGCGAGAACUGUAAAAGACGUUUCCCCUCACGAGUUCGUCAAGUCCUACGCCGCUCACCUCAAACGCUCUGGCCGGGUCGAGCUCCCUGAAUGGACUGAUCUUGUCAAGACUGCAACAUUUAAGGAGCUUGCUCCAUAUGACCCUGAUUGGUACUACAUUAGAGCCGCUUCCAUGGCAAGGAAGAUCUACUUGAGGGGGGGUCUUGGUGUUGGUGCCUUCAGAAGGAUCUAUGGAGGAAGCAAGAGGAAUGGCAGUCGCCCACCCCAUUUCUGUAAAAGCAGUGGAUCUAUUGCUCGUCACAUACUUCAGCAAUUGGAGACGAUGAAGAUCGUUGAGAUCGACUCAAAGGGUGGGAGGAAAAUCACAUCCAGUGGCCGGCGAGAUCUGGAUCAAGUUGCUGGACGGAUUGCACUUGCCCAUUGAGAGGUUAAUGCAGGCUUGUUGAAGAUUGAAAGAUACUUGAGAAUUUUGGAUGUAGUUUUUUCAGUGGAAGUUUUGAUAUAAGAAGGCAUUGUUAUUUAAUUUUCUGCUUUGGCUUUGAUUUUUUUUUUUUUUUUUUUAAUUUUUAUGAAGGUGGCUUCUAUGAGGGUUCACUAUACUGGUUGUUUUGAGUCUUUUGACUUUGUUCUUCAAUCACUAAACCUACUAUUUGAUACCAUUCUUAUUAAAUGACUUAUGUUUAAUGA